GUCACCAGGAUUUGACGUCAGAAGUUCUAGACAGAUGAGAGGUGAAAAUUCAAAUGUAUGAUUUUAGGUUGAUAAUUUGCGUGGUCGAAACAGACAAGAGUUAAAAAGCAAGGGCUAGAAGAUUCGACAGGAGUAAGGCUAUCCAAUACAAAUUACUCAUUUGCUGGGUGAUCUGCUCCGGAAAUCGACGAUGCCCAGCUGCGAAUGAGAACCAGUACAAAAGGACAGGAUUUGGCGUUUGACCUGGGCUAGCGAUGUGGUUGAUGGAGAUUAUCAAGCUGAGUGGACAGAAGUGGUCAGUCCUGACGCGCCAGCGCCGUGUGGACGUGAUUGUGGGGCUGAUACUGCACUGCCUGCUGAUGGCGAUGUACGUGCUGCUAGUCAUCAUCAAGCGAGUCGUGCUCGCCAUCACCUUCUCCAUCUACACCUGCGUGGUGCGCACCGCCACUCUCUUGGGUCUCAUUCGACCUGUCCGCCUCGUCGGUGAUGUGAGUCGUGCGUCACACGAGGGCUUUGCUUGCUCGUCGGUACAGGCGCGCAGUCUUGAAUGCAGAAAAGCAAAAGAGAAAUGUCCGAGCACAGCUAGAGAGUGCGACGCUCAUGCGUGGUGCAGGCUUCAACCUGGUCCUCUUCGAAGAUCUCAGCCAGUGACUUCACGAACGCCAAAAAACAAAAAUCAAACGUGAAGUCUGACUGGCACAUUGGGAAAAAACGUUACUUCAGCCCCAAGCGUGAUGCCGAAUUGUAAAUGGGCUUUACAAAACUCUUCCGAAACGAUAACAUCUUCACCUUUUUCGGAACAAAUAGUAUUUGUGUAUUU